CCACAUGGUUACUCCAAGUGCGCUUCCCUGCAUGUCUUUCUCCAUUCAGGUUAAUUUUGAUCUGAUAUUAGACAGACAGAAGUCCUGGUCUUAAGGGCUGUUGAGGGAUUUCUGUUUUUUCAUUUGAAACAGUUUGAUGAGUUCAUGGACCCCCAACAGUCUGCCCUCCCACUGCAGCUGCAUGGCAACAGUUUAGCUAUGGGCUCUGGACAAGUGCCAGAACUGAGCCUUGGAUACAAUGGAGGAGGAGCAGGCCAAGAAGCAGAACUUAAUCAGCAAAACAUGACCUCCUCUGCUACUGUCAGUUCCAGGUUGAACCCAGGUGAAUGGUUUCAGAGUCCUCUGGAGCCUCUGGGUCACCGCCAUGCCAAGGACAAGCUGGACAUCAAGGGCAGGAGCUGCAGUGUACUAACCAUCUGCCACUCAGGAGUCAUUUUCCCCUGGAUGAAUCCACGGACGACUGACUCUAAGCAAUCUGUCAGUGGAGGUGUGGUGGCGGCCAGUCAAUCGGGAAGAAGAAGCGCCAGAAGGGAGAGGACAGCAUUUACCAACAGCCAGCUGCUGGAGCUGGAGAAGGAGUUCCACUUCAGUCCUUACCUGUGUCGCCCUCGCAGGAAGGAGAUGGCUGCCGGGCUGAGGCUUACAGAUCGCCAGGUUAAGAUCUGGUUCCAAAACCGCAGGAUGAGAUACAAGAAGGAGCACAAGAAUGCAAAGGUGGCAGGUUUGUCCCCCUACAACCCUCCUACCAGCUCAUGUGCAGACCUCCUGGGCUUUUCAGACACAUGUGUUGUAAGAACUUCCUCCUCUGCAGAGCUGCACUGCGUGGAUUAUGCUCCUGUUGCCUGCAGCAUUGGUCAGUGUUUCCCCCCUGCACAUCUGACCCAUCAGAGCUGCAUACCUCCAUCUGUUGGUCCACCGCUAUCCUGCAUGGGCGGUGAUAGUCAUCACCAUGCCAGCAUUUCAAACUGGCCCUAGAGUCCAAUAUUGGGGGGCUCCUGUGCUCAUCAAAAUCGUCCACUUUCACUUACUUAUGAAAGACUGGAGGAUGUCUGAUUUGCCUCCCUGGGCUGAAAUCCCCAAACACACAUGUUCAGCAUUCAUGAAACAUUUUAAUUAAAAUAUGUGAAUGUAUCUUAAUUAAAGGAGAGCUGCAGUCAUUUGUGUUACUCAGGCUCAGAAACUGAAGAAUGCAGGUCUUUAACCGUGCUGUAUAUACUGUACUUAAAAAGCAUGCACAAGAUGUUCAAUCAAUUUUUAAUGACGUGGGUUGCUGUAAUUUUGUGGCUUUUAUGUCGUUGCAUGUUAAAUGCAUGCGGGAACCAAACAAGGAGCUGGUUUUCUAUUUAUAUCUAUUUCUAUUAUUUUCAUGUCACGUUAGACCUCUUUCUUCAUGUACUUUAAUCAGCCGAAAAUGUUUAAACUGUGAAAUGAGCAGAAUGAUGUUCACAUGGAAUGAUGUUUUUAUUUUUGUUACAGCCAUUAAAAGAAACAGUGAUUCUUUGAUACAGUUUCUUGAUUAAUUGAGAUGUCUCAUACUGUACAUGCUUAUUAAAUGCAUUUGGGAAAUCUGCA